GAGGGAUGAUAGAGAUCUCCAAUAGAAGAACAUCUCCUCGGAUGCGCGUACGUAAUACAGGAGUUGGUCGAAAAAGUCGUAACCAUGCCUGGAAUAUUGUUAGGAGACGUUUUUCCAAACUUUGAAGCCGAAACAACAAUUGGCAAGAUCAAAUUCCACGACUUUUUGGGAGACUCCUGGGGCGUCCUGUUCUCCCAUCCUCGUGACUACACCCCUGUGUGCACCACCGAGCUGGGCCAAGCCGCCAAGCUCAGCGACGAGUUCAAGGAGCGCGAUGUCAAAAUGAUCGCGCUGUCUGUCGACAGCGUGGAGGAUCACCGUGGCUGGACUAAGGACAUUAUGGCCUACAAUCAGGAGGAUCCCGGCUGUCCUUUCCCUUUCCCCAUCAUUGCAGAUGACAAGAGGGAGCUGGCAGUGAAGCUGGGCAUGCUGGACCCAGAUGAGCGGGACAAAGACGGCGUGCCGCUCACUGCCCGUUGUGUGUUUGUGAUUGGCCCAGACAAGAAGAUGAAGCUGUCCAUUCUGUACCCCGCCACGACAGGACGCAACUUCAACGAGCUGCUCCGGGUCAUUGACUCCCUGCAGCUGACUGCAAAGAACAGAGUGGCCACCCCUGUCGAUUGGAAGCCUGGUGAUCGAGUCAUGGUCCUGCCUAAUGUUCCUGAAGCUGAGGCUUCAGCCCUUUUCCCUGCUGGGGUUUACACCAAGGAACUACCCUCUGGGAAGAAGUACUUGCGCUACACACCCCAGCCAUGAAGGAAAGCAGUCUCCAAGUCUCCUGUGAUCAUUGAAGAGUGAAAAAACAAGAACGAGACAGGCCUGGGUCAAAUACGUGUUUGUUUUGGAUUCAAAUACUUUUCUUCCAUUUAUUGAUUUUGCCUGGUGUAAUUGAGCCUGCCAAUAUGACCAGAAGGUGAGGUUUGCUCUUUUUGUGAGUAUUUCAUUGGUUCCAGUACACCAGGCAAGACCAUUAAAGCAUAGAAAAUUAUUUGAAUCCAAAACAAAUGUGUAUUUGCCCCAGGUCUAGAACAAGAUUAAAAACAAGAUAGAAUUUUUUUUUGAAUCAUUGCAAAUUUAAAAUUGAGUCCUCACGCCUUAUGUGAAUCAUUUCAGUGUUAAUUUACAGAUAAAUAUUGCACUCUAAUAAAUAAUAUACCUUUGAGCAUCCCCAUACACUAAGGCUAUCCUACAUGUGUGAGUAGGUCCACGCCAACAAUGUGACUAUUCCCUGUAAUAUUAUGCAGUCCAUAUAUAACUGAUUGCUGAACAGGCUGUGAUGGAAUGAUUGAUCUGUGAGACAUGCAAAGUAUCCUGUACAGUGCCUUCACCUCAACAAAUACCUUUCUGUUUUUCAAGUUGGGGUGAGUUCACUGAUGAACACCCCCCCCAGUGGUAGGUGAUGCUAAUGCUCCUGCUCUUAAAACUAUUGCCUUCUGUUAGAGAGUAGUGAAAGAGUAGCACAAAAGUUUUCUGUAAAACAGAAUCAAUAAAAUGGUUACUUUUGCUGUCAUUGUCAAACAGUGAUAUGAAAAAUGCAUAUAAGUCUAAUUUAGCAGGACAGGGUGUUGAAAACAGAUUUGUUUCCCUUGUAUUUCUCAAUGAUUAAAUAUGGAAACUUCAGCA